AUGGGAAGCAUCAUUGGAACCAUGGGGUGCAGCAGUUCUGUAGCUGACAGAACAUCAGAGAAAGUCAUUAGAUCUGCUAUCCUCAUCCAGAAUUGGUACCGCUUUAGAAUGGCCCGGCUAGAGAUGAGGCGCCGCUAUUCUCUGAGCAUCUUUCAGUCCAUUGAAUAUGCUGAUGAGCAAGAUCAGCUACAGCUGUCCAACUUUUUUACAUUCAUGCUGGAUCACUGUACUCCAUCUGAUGCAGUUUCUGAAAUUCUUGCCAGCCCCUGCAUUUCUCAGGUGGUAGGAGAAAACUUAUGUUUAACAGAAUUUGAAAAGAAGAUUGAUGUUCCAGACUCCUAUUAUGGACCACGGCUCUCUGUCCCUCUUACUAUUGAUGAUGCCAAUGCUCUUCUUCAUGCUUUCAAGAGUGAACAGCUGCUUCAUGCCCACUACGUACUGCAGCUGCUAUAUGAAACUAGGAGGGUUCUCAAGGAGAUGCCAAAUAUCACCCGUAUUUCAACUUCCUACUCGAAGGAGAUAACUGUCUGUGGAGAUUUGCAUGGGAACCUGGAUGAUCUUUUGCUGAUAUUCUAUAAGAAUGGUCUGCCUUCAGAACAAAACCCUUACAUCUUUAACGGUGAUUUUGUUGACAGAGGGAAAAAUUCUAUGGAAAUUCUUAUAAUCCUGUUCGCAUUUCUUCUUAUCUACCCCAAUAAUUUACACUUGAAUAGAGGAAACCAUGAAGACUACAUCAUGAACCUGAGAUACGGCUUCACAAAGGAAGUUUCGAGGAAGUACAAGCACCAUAGGGAUCAGAUUUUGUGUCUUCUGCAAGACAUCUUUAGCUGGCUUCCCCUUGCCACUAUAAUUGAUAACAAAGUUCUUAUCCUGCAUGGAGGGAUUUCAGACACCACAGAUUUGGAUUUCCUGAACGCGCUUGAGAGAAAUAAGGUGAAAUCUGUGAUUCAGCCUCCGAGGUCAGUAAGAGUCAGACAGGACCAUGUGAAGAAUAUACCCACAACCAGACCCAGUGAACAGAUUGCCAACCAGAAUCUUGCACAGAAAACACAACGCAUCUCUUUAUCAGGCUCCACUGGGCCUUCAGGUUCAAAUUCAUCUUCAGACCCUUCUGUGAAGGAAUGGAAACAAAUCCUUGACAUUCUCUGGAGUGAUCCAAGAAGCCAAAGGGGCUGUACACCAAACAAGAGUCGAGGAGGAGGUUGUUACUUUGGUCCUGAUGUCACUGCCAAGCUGUUUAAAAAGUAUAAUCUGAAGAUGCUUAUCCGGUCUCAUGAAUUUAAGACAGAAGGUUAUGAUAUCAGUCACAAUGGGAAGGUUAUCACUAUAUUUUCUGCCUCUAACUAUUACGAAGAGGGGAGCAACCGGGGAGCGUAUAUCAAACUGAAUCCUGAACUGAUUCCUCGGUUUGUACAGUAUCAAGUCAGCGAGCACACACAGAGGCAGAAUCUUCACGACAGGGUUGGUACAAUUGAAUCAUCUGCCUUAAAGUCCUUACGAGAGAAGAUUUAUGCUUACAAGCCUCAACUUACUAGUGCUUUUGCACAGUAUGACCUCAGUGGCACAGGCAGGAUUUCUGUCCAUGACUGGGCUGCUGCGAUGGAGUCUGUCCUACAGCUGGGACUGCCCUGGAGGAUGCUGCGGUCUCAGUUAGUACAGAUGACCCCAGAUGGAGAAGUUGACUUUAUGACAUGUUUUUAUGAUCUGAAAAUAAGUCAACCUGUAAAGGAGGUUCAGCCAGCUUUGGUGGAAACACUGUGCAGAUACAGGAAGGAUCUGGAGAUCAUCUUUAAUAUCAUUGACAAAGAUCACUCAGGUCUGAUUUCCCUUGAGGAGUUUCGCCACACAUGGAAACUCUUCACUUCUCACCUGGGCAUUGAUGUAACCGAUGAAUCCCUUGACAAGUUAGUCCUCAGCAUAGACUACAACAAAGAUGGCUACAUUGACUUCAAUGAGUUUUUAGAGGCCUUUCAUGUGGUUCAUAGACUAGAGAGAAAGGCAAACUCAUGA